AAAUAACUCAUUGUUUACACAGCGUUGUUGUUCCGCAUCGCAUUGUUUUUUCGCUGAUAUAAUGCAUAGAUAAAAAGCUUGCAAUAUUAAAGCUUCGAUAGUCAGCUGAUAAGCGCCCACGCAUUCAGACGUGGAAGCGUCAGAGCAAACCAAAUAAUUUUGUCAAAUUUAAAGGAAAAAAAAAACACCCAACCAAGAUACCGCUGAAUCGAAAGCUUCCCCCGAGCGAGUUUCCAUCGGUGCUGUGUCAGCGACAAUUUUUCCAUAUCGCCAUUCGCACUGUUCACGCUCACACGUCGCUGUUCUUGGCCGGUAAAACUGAGGAAAAUGGGCUGUGACGAUCAACAAAAUGCUGCAAAGUCAAGCCUGCGCAUACAGGACAUUGCCGUGCUGAUGCAAGAUCACUGCCGCAUGUUAGAUCCCGCCAAGGUGGAGCGCAUCAUUAAUGAGUUCGUGCAGGGCGGACCGGAGCGCAUGCAACUCGUGUCGGACUUUGACUAUACAAUCACCAAACAACGCACAGAGGACGGCAGUGUGGUGCCAUCCAGUUUUGGCAUCUUCAACGCCUGCCAGUCGCUGCCGGAAAGCUUCAAAACGGAGUCGGACAAGCUAUACCACAAGUACAGGCCAAUUGAGAUCGAUCCGCACAUGCCGAUCCCCGAGAAGGUCCAAUACAUGGUGGAGUGGUGGACCAAGUCGGGUGCACUGGCCACCGGCUUCCCCUUCGAUCAGUCGGAAAUAGAUCAGAUUGCCAGCAAGUAUAAGAAUGCGCUACGUGACCGCACUCACGAAUUCUUUGCCGAUCUACAGCGCUUGGGCAUUCCCACCUUGGUCUUCUCCGCCGGACUGGGCAACUCUGUGGUCUCCUUGCUGCGCCAGGCAAACGUGAUGCAUCCCAAUGUCAAGGUGGUGUCCAAUUUUUUGCAAUUUCGGGAUGGACUUCUGGAUGGUUUCCAGCAGCCCAUGAUACACACCUUCAACAAGAACGAAACUGUCCUGGACGGCAGUGAGUAUUACAACCUGGUGCACACGCGCGAUCACAUCAUCGUGAUGGGAGAUUCGCUUGGGGACGCUGACAUGGCAUCCGGUGUGCCCGCAUCUUCGCACAUCAUCAAAAUUGGUUUCCUCUUCGAUCACGUGGAGGCCAACAUGGAUAAGUACAUGAAGACAUUCGACAUCGUCCUGGUGGAUGAUCAGACGAUGGAUGUGCCCCGGGCUCUGCUCGCUCUCAUCGAAAAGCAACACCAGCUGAAACAACAAUCCACAGCGCAGAGCUCCCUCUGAAACCCUCGCACCAACAGACGUACUCCCUCAGUAUAGUACUCAAAAUCCGUUCCUGCUUUCUCAUUAGCAGGAAUAGGUGCUACAUUUGAUAAGCAAACACAAACACACAUCUGAAGCUACUAAUUAAGUGGUUUAGUUUUAACCAUUUCAUUCAUGUCAACAGAAUGUAUUAUUCAUACUAUAUUAAAUGACAACGUUGUGCUUGGAA